GCGCGCACACAGCCCUCGCUCGGCUCCGGCGGCGCGCAGGCUCCAUCCCACCCGCGCCGGGGGGCCCAGGAACUGCCCCGAAGCCCGAGCGGCGCCACGGCCGGGGACACGCUCGGGGACACGCACGCCACCGCCGGCACCGCGGACCCGCGCCCAGCUCCACGGUGACAAAGAAGGGAGUGUGUCACAUACCACCUCAGAGACAUCUCCUCCCCCUUGCCUUGGGAUGGGUACCUUUGGCCUCCAGGUGCCCUUUUGGAUGGCACUGGUGGGCUUUGCCAUCAGCGCCAACCCUGAGAGCUACAGCGUGAACCUGAGCAGCCUCGUGUUGGACGAGCUCACCACGUUUCGGGGGACCGAGCUCAGCCUCCCGGCCACCACCCCCAGGCCCACCAGGCUGGCCCUCCCCAGCAACGGCUCCCUGCACAACUACUGCCCCCAGCAGACGAAGAUCACUUCAGCUUUCAAAUACAUCAACACGGUGAUAUCUUGUACUAUUUUCAUCGUGGGGAUGGUGGGGAAUGCAACUCUGCUCAGGAUCAUCUACCAGAACAAGUGCAUGCGCAACGGCCCCAACGCCCUGAUAGCCAGCCUGGCCCUGGGCGACCUCAUCUACGUGGUCAUUGAUCUCCCCAUCAAUGUGUUCAAGCUACUGGCUGGACGCUGGCCUUUCGAUCACAACGACUUUGGGGUGUUUCUCUGCAAGCUGUUCCCCUUUCUGCAGAAGUCCUCGGUGGGCAUCACGGUCCUCAACCUCUGUGCCCUCAGCGUGGACAGGUACAGAGCAGUUGCGUCCUGGAGCCGCGUGCAAGGAAUUGGGAUUCCUUUGGUCACGGCCAUCGAGAUUGUGUCCAUCUGGAUCCUGUCUUUCAUCCUGGCCAUCCCUGAAGCAAUCGGCUUCGUCAUGGUGCCCUUUGAAUAUAGGGGUGAACAGCACAAAACCUGCAUGCUCAACGCCACAUCCAAAUUCAUGGAGUUCUACAAAGAUGUGAAGGACUGGUGGCUGUUCGGGUUCUAUUUCUGCAUGCCUUUGGUGUGCACUGCCAUCUUCUACACCCUCAUGACGUGUGAAAUGCUGAACAGGAGGAAUGGCAGCUUGAGAAUUGCUCUGAGCGAACAUCUAAAACAGCGCCGAGAAGUGGCCAAAACAGUUUUCUGCCUGGUUGUGAUUUUUGCUCUUUGCUGGUUCCCUCUACAUUUAAGCCGUAUUUUGAAGAAAAUGGUAUAUGAUGAGAUGGACAAGAACCGAUGUGAAUUGCUUAGUUUCUUGCUGCUCAUGGAUUACAUCGGUAUUAACUUGGCAACCAUGAAUUCAUGCAUAAACCCAAUCGCUCUCUAUUUUGUGAGCAAGAAGUUUAAAAAUUGUUUCCAGUCUUGCCUGUGCUGCUGCUGUUACCAGUCCAGAAGUCUGAUGACCUCCGUCCCCAUGAAUGGAACCAGCAUCCAGUGGAAGAACCACGAGCAGAACCACCACCACACAGAAAGAAGCAGCCACAAGGACAGUAUAAACUAGACGUGGCCGGAACCCCUUCAGCACCACCUUCAGCCCGGCUGGAGAAAACAGUGUCUCGGCCGCUGUGACUCUGAGAAGCUCUUCCGUCCUUGUCCCGUAACUCAGUCCCACCCCUGAGAAAUGCUCCCCACAAGAUCGGAGGGUGCAGUGGCCACCAGCAGUGCCCCGGAUUGAACCCGAGUUAUGCUCACAAACACUCUGACUCUUACUUCUCCCACGGAUCCCGUUUAUGUUCUCUGCAUGUUCUGUCCAGCACCAAAAAUUAGGGGGAGCUGGCAGAGGGGACAGGAAGGUGUUACGUGAGACCGAAAUGUUGACCACUUUUUGCAUGGAAACCGUUUUCAAGUAUUGUCACUGCCUUUCAUGGGAGUUCUGCCCAGUGGUGAACAAAAACUGGUCACUGCAAAAGUCCAGAGAAAACGACGAUGACGAUGAUGACGACAAAGAUUUCUAUUGUCAAGUGCUUUCUUUUUGGCCACAGAGGUGUGUCACCUGAACCUGAAAUAUUACUCACUGAGUGCCAGUAUUUUUCAGUUGCAUAAUAACCUAAAAUUAACUAUUUGAAUGUUUUGAGAAAAGAAUGUAAAAUAGUAUUUGGAUGAGCAGUUAGAUUGACAUUUCGCGGGUCACUGUUUUGUUUUGAAAACAUACGUUCUCCAGCCACAACAAAUACGGGAACUUCAGGCACAAAGUGACAACUGUCUGUGGCAGAUGAGCAGAACCACUCUUCAAAGGACUUUUAAGAAUCUCUCUUCGGUGUGCUAUUUUUUAAUGGUGUUUCUUUGCAGGCGGCCAUUAACUUGUUUUUAUGUUAAAUUUUAAAAUAAUGCUUGAAUCAAAUAGUUCUGUUUUUCUCAAGCCCAUCCCUUUUUUGUAACGUCAUUUUUGUGUGAAAUUUGCACCAAAAAUCAAGAUUUAAAUGUGCAUGUCAUUUAACUGUGCCUGAGACUCAGUGCAAUGCAUAGAACUCUAUAGCAUACCUAGGAUAAAAGGGUUGAAUAGUUUCAGAGAUUUGAAAUUUUUCAUUUUUAAAUAAAAAUUUGGUAAGAGUACCGUGUAUAUGUUGAUAUGCAUAUAUACAUGAAUACGCAUAUGUGUGUGCAUGCUUAUAUGUAUAUACGUGUAUAUAUGAUGCAUAUGUGUGUAUCACAUCUGUGUACACGUGUCUAUAUGUACAUAUAUAUGCAUUAUAAAUAUCACCUCCUAUUUUCUCAAUUAUUCUGAAAAUGUUAACCGGCAGCAAGAUAUUUUUGGUCAGUCUCUCUUCCAUAUAGGAAGCAGAAUUUCAAAGUGGACAGCUGAGUGUGUUCUAUAGCAAAAUGUAACUUCAUCCUCUGUCACAGUGAACUUGACACUUCCUGUCUCUGAAUUUCCAGUAUCAACUUCACCCUCUUCACCCCUUCCUUGGUCACCAUUUCAAAAGGCCCACAGUUACUUUUACUGGGCAUUUUCCAAGAUGUUUACAGACUGUGAGUAUAGCAGCAAAUCUUUUACUGUGUGUAUAUAAAUAUAUAUAUAUAUAAAUUGUACAUUUCUUGUAGCCAGUUUUUCUGUGAUUGUUUCGAUGGAAUGGAUUUGUAUGUGCUAUAUGCUUAUGUGUGAUGGCAUGGACGACUUCAUGUAAUCUGAUAAGAGUGCUCUGUAGUUCCAAAGCACACAAUCUGAGUACUAUCUAGGGAGCUGUUCUUCACCACCUGUACCUCAGUCCACUGUAACUGUUCUGGGUUCAUUCGUCAUGUGGCUGUGCGACUGUUACAAAUAUGAGAGGCCACUGAAAAGGACAGAGACGUGUUGGCAGUAGGGCUAGGUGGGUGGGCCGGUUGGCUGUUUGGCUGGAUAAUACAAUAUUUGAAGUGCAUUAGUUUUUUUUGUGCUGGAGCCUAAGUUUUUUUAAACUUUUAAGUAUUGUGUUAUCCCAGUCCUCCCUUCACACCACGUGCUGAUGGAUGGACAAGCAGUCUGAUGUUUCCAUCCUGCCUCAAAGGCCAGAUGGCUGGUGAUAAAUAGCUAAGCCGGUGUGUUGGUCGGUUUAGCACAGUCUAGUAUACAAUAUCUGGUUCCCAUUGUCCCAAUUGUAGGCUAAGAAAUACCACUUCCCUGAGUUCACAAUCAAACUCUACUACUCCACAGUUCUUUGCCUGCGGGGAGACAAGCCUCUAAAAUAAGUCAGAAGAGGCUGGAGAAAUAGUAUAGCUAGUAGAGCUCUUGCCUCGCACACGGACAACCCCGGCUUGACCCCCGGCAUGCCAUAUGCUACCCCAAAGCACCACCAGGAGUAAUUCCUGAGUGCAGAGUCAGGAGUAAGCCUGACUCCUGGCUUCAUCACCUGGUAGGGCCAAGAAAAAUGAAAUAAGUCAGAAGUUCAUAUCAUUCUGUAUAGACAAUUUUUUCAAUGCUUUGUUUCUUGCAUACAAAAUAAUAACAUUUUAUAGUUUAGAACAUCAUAGAUUUCCAAAUAAUCACACAGGCUGCCAUGUUCUUUAUAUUUCUGGACCAAUAAGUUACUAGGAUUCACCAUAGGACUACUUCCAGCUUCUAAUUGUGUCACAGCUUCCCACGUACAUCUGUGGAAAUGAGCCAGAAGCCAAGGUCCUGCACGGGUAGUGGCCUCUGAG